AUGAGUUCCGACGCUGAGAUGGCUAUCUUUGGGGAGGCAGCUCCGUACCUCCGAAAGUCUGAAAAGGAGCGAAUUGAGGCCCAGAACAAGCCUUUUGAUGCCAAGUCAUCAGUCUUUGUGGCAGACCCUAAAGAGUCCUUUGUGAAAGCAACAGUGCAAAGCAGGGAAGGGGGGAAGGUGACGGCCAAGACCGAAGCCGGGGCGACUGUAACCGUGAAAGAGGACCAAGUCUUCCCCAUGAACCCUCCCAAAUAUGACAAGAUCGAGGACAUGGCCAUGAUGACGCACCUGCACGAGCCCGCUGUGCUGUACAACCUCAAAGAGCGUUAUGCAGCCUGGAUGAUCUAUACCUACUCAGGCCUAUUCUGCGUCACUGUCAACCCCUACAAGUGGCUGCCAGUGUACAAUGCAGAGGUGGUGACGGCCUACCGAGGCAAGAAGCGCCAGGAGGCCCCGCCCCACAUCUUCUCCAUCUCCGACAACGCCUAUCAGUUCAUGCUGACGGCGACUCACGUCAAAGAUCUCGAAGCCGGCGAUGUCCAGCACCCCGAUGAAGUACUGCCUGGGCUGCUUGGUGUCCAGCUGCUGGUUGAUGCGGGUGACCAUCCACAGGAACAUCUUCUCGUAGACGGCCUUGGCCAGAGCGCCCACCGCGUUGUGUACAACGCGGUGGGCGCUCUGGCCAAGGCCGUCUACGAGAAGAUGUUCCUGUGGAUGGUCACCCGCAUCAACCAGCAGCUGGACACCAAGCAGCCCAGGCAGUACUUCAUCGGGGUGCUGGACAUCGCCGGCUUCGAGAUCUUUGACUUCAACAGCCUGGAGCAGCUGUGCAUCAACUUCACCAACGAGAAGCUGCAGCAGUUCUUCAACCACCACAUGUUCGUGCUGGAGCAGGAGGAGUACAAGAAGGAGGGCAUCGAGUGGGAGUUCAUCGACUUCGGGAUGGACCUGGCUGCCUGCAUCGAGCUCAUCGAGAAGCCCAUGGGCAUCUUCUCCAUCCUGGAGGAGGAGUGCAUGUUCCCCAAGGCCACGGACACCUCCUUCAAGAACAAGCUGUAUGAACAGCAUCUUGGAAAGUCUGCCAACUUCCAGAAGCCCAAGCCUGCCAAAGGCAAGGUAGAGGCCCACUUCUCACUGAUCCACUAUGCUGGCACCGUGGACUACAACAUUGCUGGCUGGCUGGACAAGAACAAGGACCCGCUGAACGAGACCGUGGUCGGGCUGUACCAGAAGUCCGCAAUGAAGACUCUGGCUUACCUCUUUACUGGGGGGGCAGCUGCUGAAGCCGAGGCUGGCGGUGGGAAGAAAGGUGGCAAGAAGAAGGGUUCUUCUUUCCAGACUGUGUCUGCUCUCUUCAGGGAGAAUCUGAAUAAGCUGAUGACCAACCUGAGGAGCACUCACCCCCACUUUGUGCGAUGCAUCAUCCCCAAUGAGACCAAAACUCCAGGGGCCAUGGAGCAUGAACUUGUCCUGCACCAGCUGAGGUGUAACGGUGUGCUGGAAGGCAUCCGCAUCUGUAGGAAGGGAUUCCCCAGCAGAAUCCUUUAUGCAGACUUCAAACAGAGAUACAAGGUACUAAAUGCAAGUGCAAUCCCUGAAGGGCAGUUCAUUGACAGCAAGAAGGCUUCUGAGAAGCUCCUUGGGUCCAUCGAUGUUGACCACACCCAGUAUAAAUUUGGUCACACCAAGGUCUUUUUCAAAGCUGGUCUUUUGGGGCUCCUAGAGGAGAUGCGAGAUGAGAAGCUGGCCCAGCUGAUUACCCGAACCCAGGCCAGGUGCAGAGGGUUCCUGGCCAGAGUGGAGUACCAGAAGAUGGUGGAGAGAAGAGAGUCCAUCUUCUGCAUCCAGUACAAUGUCCGUGCUUUCAUGAAUGUCAAACACUGGCCCUGGAUGAAGCUGUAUUUCAAGAUCAAGCCCCUCCUCAAGAGUGCCGAAACCGAGAAGGAGAUGGCCAACAUGAAGGAAGAAUUUGAGAAGACCAAAGAAAGCCUUGCAAAGGCUGAGGCCAAAAGAAAAGAGUUGGAAGAGAAAAUGGUUGCUCUAAUGCAAGAGAAAAAUGACCUGCAACUCCAGGUGCAAGCUGAAGCAGACAGCCUGGCUGAUGCAGAGGAAAGGUGUGACCAGCUUAUCAAAACCAAAAUCCAGCUGGAGGCCAAGAUCAAGGAGGUGACAGAGAGAGCGGAGGAUGAGGAGGAGAUCAAUGCCGAGCUGACGGCUAAGAAGAGGAAACUGGAGGACGAGUGUUCAGAGCUCAAGAAGGACAUUGACGACCUUGAGCUGACCCUGGCCAAGGUUGAAAAGGAGAAGCAUGCCACAGAGAACAAGGUGAAAAACCUCACAGAAGAGAUGGCAGGCCUGGACGAAACCAUCGCCAAGCUGACCAAGGAGAAGAAGGCCCUCCAGGAGGCCCACCAGCAGACCCUGGAUGACCUGCAGGCAGAAGAGGACAAGGUCAACACCCUGACCAAAGCUAAAAUCAAGCUUGAACAACAAGUAGAUGAUCUUGAAGGGUCCUUGGAACAAGAAAAGAAAAUCCGCAUGGAUCUAGAAAGAGCCAAGAGGAAACUGGAGGGAGACCUAAAAUUGGCCCAAGAAUCCACAAUGGAUGUUGAAAAUGACAAGCAGCAACUUGAUGAGAAACUCAAAAAGAAAGAGUUUGAGAUGAGCAAUCUGCAAAGCAAGAUUGAAGACGAGCAGGCCCUCGCCAUGCAGCUGCAGAAGAAGAUCAAGGAGCUGCAGGCCCGCAUCGAGGAGCUGGAGGAGGAAAUCGAGGCAGAGAGGGCCUCCCGGGCCAAAGCAGAGAAGCAGCGCUCAGACCUCUCCCGGGAACUGGAGGAGAUCAGCGAGCGGCUGGAAGAAGCUGGCGGGGCCACUUCCGCCCAGAUCGAGAUGAACAAGAAGCGGGAGGCCGAGUUCCAGAAGAUGCGCAGGGACCUGGAGGAGGCCACCCUGCAGCACGAGGCCACGGCGGCCACCCUGAGGAAGAAGCACGCGGAUAGCGUGGCCGAGCUCGGGGAGCAGAUAGACAACCUGCAGAGGGUCAAGCAGAAGCUGGAGAAGGAGAAGAGUGAGAUGAAGAUGGAGAUCGAUGACCUUGCCAGUAACAUGGAGACCGUCUCCAAAGCCAAGGGAAACCUGGAAAAGAUGUGCCGCACUCUAGAAGAUCAAGUCAGUGAACUCAAGACCAAGGAAGAGGAGCAGCAGCGGCUGAUCAAUGACCUGACGGCUCAGAGAGCGCGUCUGCAGACAGAAUCAGGUGAAUACUCACGCCAGCUAGAUGAAAAGGACUCAUUAGUUUCUCAGCUCUCAAGGGGCAAACAAGCAUUCACACAACAGAUAGAGGAACUGAAAAGGCAGCUUGAAGAGGAGAUAAAGGCCAAGAGUGCUCUGGCCCAUGCCCUGCAAUCAGCCCGCCAUGACUGUGACCUGCUGCGGGAACAGUAUGAGGAGGAGCAGGAGGGCAAGGCUGAGCUGCAGAGGGCAAUGUCCAAGGCCAACAGCGAGGUGGCCCAGUGGAGGACCAAAUAUGAGACGGAUGCCAUCCAGCGCACAGAGGAACUGGAGGAGGCUAAAAAGAAGCUGGCCCAACGUCUACAGGACGCUGAGGAGCACGUAGAAGCUGUGAACGCCAAGUGUGCUUCCCUGGAGAAGACAAAGCAGCGGCUCCAGAAUGAAGUGGAGGACCUCAUGAUUGACGUGGAGAGGACGAACGCAGCCUGUGCGGCCCUGGACAAGAAGCAGAGGAACUUCGACAAGAUCCUGGCAGAAUGGAAACAGAAGUAUGAAGAAACUCAUGCUGAACUUGAAGCUUCCCAAAAGGAGUCCCGCUCCCUUAGCACAGAACUGUUCAAGAUUAAGAAUGCUUAUGAGGAAUCCUUAGACCAACUUGAAACCCUGAAGCGUGAAAAUAAGAAUCUGCAACAGGAGAUUUCUGAUCUCACUGAGCAGAUUGCAGAAGGAGGGAAACGUAUCCAUGAACUAGAGAAAGUAAAGAAGCAAAUUGAGCAAGAAAAGUCUGAACUUCAGGCCGCUCUGGAGGAGGCAGAGGCAUCUCUUGAACACGAAGAGGGAAAGAUCCUACGUAUCCAGCUGGAGCUGAACCAAGUCAAGUCUGAAGUCGACAGGAAAAUCGCUGAAAAGGAUGAGGAAAUUGACCAGCUGAAGAGAAACCACAUCAGAGUGGUGGAAUCGAUGCAGAGCACCCUGGAUGCUGAGAUCAGGAGCAGGAACGACGCCAUCAGGCUCAAGAAGAAGAUGGAGGGAGACCUCAAUGAAAUGGAAAUCCAGCUGAACCACGCCAACCGCAUGGCUGCAGAGGCCCUGAGGAACUACAGGAACACCCAGGGCAUCCUGAAGGACACCCAGAUCCACCUGGACGAUGCGCUGCGGGGCCAGGAGGACCUGAAGGAGCAGCUGGCCAUGGUGGAGCGCAGGGCCAACCUGCUGCAGGCUGAGAUCGAGGAGCUGCGGGCCACUCUGGAGCAGACGGAGAGGAGCAGGAAAAUCGCAGAACAGGAGCUCCUGGAUGCCAGUGAGCGUGUGCAGCUCCUGCACACCCAAAACACCAGCCUGAUCAACACCAAGAAGAAGCUGGAGACAGACAUUUCCCAGAUCCAAGGAGAGAUGGAGGACAUUGUCCAGGAAGCCCGCAACGCAGAAGAGAAGGCCAAGAAGGCCAUCACUGAUGCGGCUAUGAUGGCCGAGGAGCUGAAGAAGGAGCAGGACACCAGCGCCCACCUGGAGCGGAUGAAGAAGAACCUGGAGCAGACAGUGAAGGACCUUCAGCACCGUCUGGAUGAGGCUGAGCAGCUGGCCCUGAAGGGUGGGAAGAAGCAGAUCCAGAAACUGGAGGCCAGGGUACGUGAACUUGAAGGAGAAGUUGAAAGUGAACAGAAGCGCAAUGUUGAAACUGUCAAGAGUCUACGCAAACAUGAGAGAAGAGUAAAGGAACUCACUUACCAGACUGAGGAAGACCGCAAGAAUGUGCUCAGGCUCCAAGAUCUCGUGGAUAAACUGCAAGCGAAGGUGAAAGCUUACAAGAGACAAGCUGAGGAAGCGGAGGAACAGUCCAAUGUCAACCUCUCCAAGUUCCGCAAGCUCCAGCACGAGCUGGAGGAGGCUGAGGAACGGGCUGACAUUGCCGAGUCCCAGGUCAACAAGCUUCGGGUGAAGAGCCGGGAGGUCCACACGAAAAUCAUAAGUGAAGAGUGAUUCAACCAAAUGCUGAAAAGUGACCAAAGAAAUGCACAAAAUGUGAAGUUCUUUGUCACUCUGUUUUCUACUCUGGAUUUUUGCAGAUAAAAAAUU